AUGAUUUUAGCCACACACACCCAGAUUAUGAAUGGCAUACUAAUGAUGGUAUCGAUGCCCUGUGAGUCUGGUGAAGGAAAUGCGGUGCUGCGAUGUGGGACAAGGGGACAAAGAGGAUGGCGUUUCUGCUUCAUUCUCCACUGCCCCGGUGGGGGUUCCCUGUCGCUGUUGCUGUUCCUUGUUGCCGCACUGUUACUCCGCUUUGCCGUGGCCAACAGCAAUUUAUUCCCUCCAUUGGCGAUGGGAAGAGAUGGAAUUGGCCACGCCGGAAGCUUUCACGGAUGGCGGCUUUCUUUCUGGUGUGUCGUGCGGAAUUCAUUUCUAGAUUGGGGCUUUUGCUUGGGAACAUUGACUGCUGUGCUGAAGUGCACAAUGCACGUGCAGGGCGUGGGUUGGAUCAAUGUUGUUUGCACCCGUUAUUUGUGA